CCAUUCCCACUCUCCUAGCUCAGUACGCCGAAACCAGAGAGCGUCCUCACCAACAACCCUUCAGUCAGCUCUAAAACCCCAUUUUGGCUUCCAUUACAACGCCAAGCUCGGUUCCAGUCUCCUAAAGACCCGUCUUAACUCCCACCAGGCCGCCAAAACAGGGUCAAGGAGAUCGUGGUCCUUACUAUCUUCCAUGCGUAUACUGUCCCUGAGCUCGUCUCCGUCGCGACUCACUCUAGUGUCCACGACAGAUAAGAAGCCCUUUUCGGUCUUUACUUCCAGUUGCAAUAUUCAUCUCUGUUCUUGUUUAUAGGUUGAAAUUGAGUGACAUUUCGCCACAGGUUUAAAAUGAGUGACAUUCUUAUUCCAUCGAAUUGUCGGCAUGUUCACGCCAGAAACAGUAGCAGUGGUCUUGGAGAAAUGGAAGCAAAUUUGGUAGCAGAAGGGAAUGGGCAUGGAGCUGAGAGAGGUGGGAGCUUUGACAUGGGGUCAUUAGGAAGGUGCUUGAGUAGCUUUGUGGAUGAAGGUAGCUGUGAGAGUCAUAGAUACUACCUCUCACGAAGAACUGUGCUUGAGAUGUUGAGAGACAGAGACUAUUCUGUUCCAAGUUCGGAAAUUGACAUCACUCUGCAAGAAUUUCGAGCCAUUCAUGGGCAGAACCUGGAUAUUGAUCGCCUUAAAUUUUCUGCUACUAACAAGUCGGAUCCCUCUAAAAGGGUGCUGGUUAUUUUCUGUGGGACUGGUGUGGUUAAAGUUAGUUCAGUUCGCCUCAUUGCUGCUCAGAUUGCUAAUAGGGACAGUUUAACUGGUCUAAUUUUGGUCUUGCAAAACCAAAUAACAAACCAAGCUCUGAAAGCUAUGGAUCUUUUUACUUUUAGGGUUGAGAUGUUCCAGAUUACGGACUUGCUUGUUAAUAUUACAAAGCAUGUAUUAAAACCAAAGCAUGAGGUUUUGACUGAUCGGGAAAAGGAAAAGCUCUUAAAUAAAUACAAGAUUGAAGAAAAGCAGCUUCCUCGACUCUUAAAGAAAGACGCGAUAUCACGAUAUUAUGGACUUGAGAAAGGACAAGUGGUGAAAGUCACAUACACCGGUGAGAUUACAGAGUCACAUGUUACUUACCGGUGUGUCUGGGGAAGGAGACUUGACCUUUGGGAAUUGGUCUAAAUUAGUGUUAAUGAUUAAUCUUCGUUGAUUCAGGUAAGCUAUUAAACUGUAAAUUUAGGAGAAGCACUUGUUUUUUCUACUAUAUAUGAUGAGCAGAGGAUAUUUGUGGAA